CAGGAAACUCGUGCAGAAUAUUCCGCACAUCGUUGUACUUACUCUUUUGAGAAACUCUUGCAUCUGGACGAUAUCGGACGGGUUACGCCUUCAUUCGUUCCGAAGAGCCAUCUGCCUCGGGACGCUGUGUCGCCUCUUUCCCCGGGUGUCCUCUGCCGCGUGUUUCGCGACUCGGGUUUACACGGUCCUUUCCACCGGCACUUCUGCUUUGCACCAGGAAAAAAUGGAUUUUCCUGUGCGUUCUUCUGCCCCAGGCAGACCAAACCUGCAACAACCGCCGGAGACCCAACUCUUGGCAGACACCAACUCCUUCACGGAAGCCACAGACUCGACAGAGAGCGACCACAUUCGUUCCCGUCGCUGCCUGCAGUCUGGAACUGGUUCAGCUCGAGUUCCCCGUUCUCCGUCGUCGUCCGACAUUCCAAUUUCUGUCAGUGCCCCCACGUCAUGUGUGGAGACUGUGCGUUCAGAGAUUCAGUCUUCGGUGUCUCGGAGACUCUCUAGAGGCCCCUCGCUUCCUGGACUUCUUCUCGAACGUCGACCACACUUGCGCUCUCCACUCUGCGCGAGCCAGCAAUCCGUCCGUGCUCUUUCCUCGCCCGUUCUGGAGCCCCCGCCGCAGUCGCCUCACCUCCACUCCCCGGCUCGGUUGCCGGCGGCCGGUCUCUGUGCAGCUCCGUCACCGCUGCCGCCUGGCACUCUGGUGUGGGUUCCAGCGCGGUGUCUCGUUCCAGACCGCAGCGCCACAGCGAUCAAAGGAGCGAAUUCUGCCCCCGUCUCGGCUUCCAACGGCGAAGAGAGCUUUCCGUUUCUCGCGCGAUCUCUGCGUCGAGUUGCGAGUCCGCAAGCCUGUAGAGAUCCACCGUCGUCUUCGGGUGGCUGCGCGGCAACUGCGUCUCCGCCCGCGCUGCUCCAGCCGUCGAGUUCGGCAGAGGAAACGCCUAGUUCCGACAGGAACAAAACGAGUCGAAAGCGGCUGCUCUGUGAGGACCAGGCUCGCGACCAAUCCCUGAGACUCCUGGGAAACGCCGACCGCAGUCAGCCAGACUUCCGCGCUUCUGAGCACCCGUUUUACCCUGCCGAGGUCGUCGCAGCUCACGCUGUUCGCGGCUUUGGUGUACGCACACCCCACGCCGAGGUGGAUCCCCGGCUGCGGCACAAGAGUGCGAAGACGGGGGAGUCGAAUUCACCGGAGGCAGGUGGCGACCCUUCUUUUGUUCAAGUUCGUCUUUGUCGUGGUACAGAGAGCGACUCUAAUCCUUGUCGGGGAGAAACGAAAGGCGACGGAAUAGCGCCGCAGACUGGACAGGAGCUCAUUGCUCCAGUUCGCAUGUCCGAUCUUCUUCUUCGCGAAGCCAGUAUCGGCGCUGCGGACGACAAUGCUCAGCUGCAGCACCUCAAUGAGGCGAAUCUGAUGGCGAAUCUACGGUGUCGGUUCCUCCAGGCGUUCUCGCCUGUCCCCCACGAAACGGCGGCUGCCGCCGAAGAGCGUCAGAGGAAAAUCUAUACGUACACCGGCACCCUGUUGAUUGCUGUCAACCCCUACCGCUUCUUCAACUUAUACGACCGUCAGUGGAUCUCCCGAUUCGACGCGCCCUCUGCGUCGCUUGCUGCGAGCCUCGACGCAGGCUCUACUUGCGUCAAGCUCUCCACAGAAGCUCGUCGGAACGCUCAGAAGACGCCUGCAGCGCAUGCAGCUGGCGGCUCGGAACAGUCAGGGACUGAGGCAAACAGCCGGUUGGUGCCGCAUCCGUUCGGCCUCGCGGAGUUCGCGUACUGUCGGCUUGUCCGAGACAGACGCAGUCAGUCGAUCCUGAUCAGCGGCGAGAGUGGUGCAGGGAAGACAGAGACGUCAAAACAUGUGCUGACCUACCUGGCGGCUGUUUCGGAUCGACGCCACGGCGCCGACAGCCAAGGGUUGGAGGCGCGGCUUCUUCAGUCCGGUCCGGUUUUGGAGGCUUUUGGAAAUGCGCACACCGUCCUGAACGCGAACAGCAGCCGAUUCGGCAAGAUGCUUCUUCUCCACUUCACCGGUCGCGGGAAGCUGACGCGCGCCUCUGUCGCGACUUACCUGCUUGCAAACGAACGGGUGGUGCGAAUUCCUUCCGACGAAUUCAGCUUCCACAUUUUCUACGCUCUCUGCAACGCGGCGGUCGCGGCCGCGACGCAGAAAAGCUCCGCAGGCGAAGGCGACCCGGAGAGCGAGCAAACUGAAGCAGAACACAGACGAGAAGAACGCGAACAAGGGAGAGAAGAAAGCGAACAACGGAGAGGAGGAGAUGAAGAAGAACAAGGGCAAGAAGGAGCAGAAGAAGGGAUGGAGGCGCUUUUGAAGUCUCUGUUUCUCGAGAACGGCGUCGAGGAGUUUCGACUUCUAACCUCGACGAGAGAGUCAGGCGAAACAGUCCAGCAAUCAGAGACUCAGACGCGAACGGCGAAUGGACGACAGAACGCGAGCGCUCUGUCUCCGUGGACAGAUCUGAGCAGAAUCACUGCCGCGAUGAAGACGGUCGGGAUUGGCGCCGGUGCACAGGCGGACAUCUUCAAGCUUUUGGCUGCGAUUCUUCAUCUGGGAAAUGUCGAGUUCACGACGGAUCAGGAACCGGAGACCAGAAAAAAAAGAAAACUGACUUCAGUCUCCGUGGGCUGCGAGGAGACUGCUGCCGAUCGAAGCCACUCGAGCGAAGUCAAAUUCCUCUCGAGCGGUCUGAAGGUCACUGAAGCCUCUCGCAAACAUCUGAAAACUGUCGCCCGACUUCUUGGUCUUCCUCCUGGAGUCGAGGGAGAGGAGAUGCUCCGCCUGGCCCUCGUUUCGCGUUCGGUACGAGAAACGCGCUCUUUCUUCGAUCUUGACGGUGCAGCCGCCGCGCGAGACGCUGCCUGCAAGAAUCUGUACAGCAGAGCUUUCGACGCUGUCGUCGCCAGAAUCAACGCAGGCCUCCAACGUUCUGCCAAACCUUCCGAGAACUCUUCGCCAGCAGACACACCCUCGACGACAGGAACGCAAACGAUUGGCAUUCUUGAUCUUUUCGGCUUCGAAGACCUGAGAAACCACAGCAAGAACCGGCUGGAGCAGCUGUGCAUCAACUACGCGAAUGAACGCCUUCACUGCUUUCUUCUGGAGCAACUGAUUCUCAACGAGCACAUGCUGUACACGCAAGAAGGCGUUUUCCAGAACCAAGACUGUUCCGCCUUCCCCUUUUCUUUUCCGCUCGCGUCCACCCUCACUUCCUCUCCCUCUUCAACUUCGCCUUUCUCCCCUACGCCUUCUUUCCGAUCGUCUUCAGCAUUCGCUACCUCGCCUUCUCUCUCUUCUUCUCUCUCUUCUUCUCUCUCUUCUUCGCCGCCUGUGUGGGAGGGUCGAGCGAGAGUUUCGGACAUGUGUGGGAGAGGGAAUAUGAGUAACGGGGAGAGACUUUUGCAGACAAGUGGACUACUUUGCGCGUUGCUGGCGGGCUCUGCUCUAACAGGCGAUCUGCGUUGUCUCCUCCCCGAAGCGAGAAAAGGAAACUCGGAAGCGAGGCUCACCGCUGCGCGCGUCGGCGACCUGCUGAAGACUCCAGGUCUGUUCGGCCUACUCGAGGAGGCAGGGCGACUCCCGGCGAAAGGCAACAGAGACGAGCUCUUCUGCAGUCGGCUCUUGACAGAAAUGAAAGCCCAGGGUGCCGAAACGUUCAUUCGAGGAACGAAGACGCCAGCGCUCUCGCGCGAACGCCUGGAGUUCACAGUCUCACAUUUCGCAUGCGAUGUGACCUACGACGCCCGAGACUUCUGCCGCGCGAACCGGGAGGCGACGUCAGACGAACUGGAGAGGCUUUUCCUCGCAUGCAGCACCUACACGCGCCUGGUUGGGAGCGACAAGAAUUCAGGCGUUCGAGCCAUCAGCUCCAGGCGAAGCACAUUGAGUGCUCAGUUUGCCUCGCAGCUUCAGCAAGUCCUCAAAGCCUUGCAAGAGACCUCUUGUCACUUCAUUCGCUGCGUCAAGCCGAACAGAGUGCAGGAGGCAGGAAUCUUCGAGGACGCAUACGUCCACAGGCAACUGAGGUGCAGUGGAAUGUCAGAUCUUCUUCGUGUCAUGGCAGACGGCUUUCCCUGCCGCCUUCCCUACGUGGAGCUCUGGCGACGCUAUGAGACAAAGCUUCCUAUGGCAUUGCGCGAGGCGCUGAACCCCCGCGACUUUGCAAGUCUCGUGCUGGAGGCUCUGUGUCUUCCUCGAGGCUCCUACCGUCUGGGCUCGUCUCUGGUCUUCUUUCGUCUCGGAUGUCUCGACACCAUCGACGAGCUGCUGCGCAAGAAGGCCCCGCAGCGGAUGGCCAUCUCCUCCUCCGCCUCCGCAACGCCGCGCCCUUUGGACGGACAGCCGCGAGCAGACCAAGACGCAAACAAGCCACAACAACCAGCAGCAGAGGUCUGCUGCUCCGAUGCCUACUCCCGAGACCUGGUGCACGCUGUGCUGGCUGCGCAUGCAGAGCGGAGGCGCCGGCGGGUCUUCAGCCAUGUGCGUCUGGGCGCCAAACUCCGCGUCGCCUUCGCGAAGCAAAGAGCUUCUCGCUUGGCGACUUGCUGCGCAGUUCGAGUGUAUUUUUCUCUGCACCCGCGUCGGGAACUUUCUGCGGCGGCCGCGGGGCUCGUCGCGGCGCUUCGACAGGCUGCGGUCGCCCGCGAGGACAAAAGAAAAGAAAGACUUGCACAAGCUGCGACCAUACUAGCGGCUUCUGCUCGGGGAUAUCUCACGCGCAAGCGGGUUCGACGCUUGCGCGACGAGGUUUUUCGAAAGGAGAAAGAGAAGGAGAAGAAGAGGAAAGAGGCUGUGGUUGUUCUGCAGAAAGUCUGGAGAGGCGCGCUUUCUCGAAAGAAACUGCGAGAGCAGCAUGCAGCUGCAGUGGCAAUUCAGAGACACUGGUGGGGAUUCCGCAACCGACGAGGAAAGCAUUUUUUCUUUCUGCAGCUGUACAAACUCCAGAGGGCUGUACGCCGAUGGCUGCAACGGCGAUGGAGAGAGCGCGAAAAGCGAGAGGUGAAAGGGCAACGAUCUUCUCUGUUCGACACCUGUUGCCCCGCCGGAGCCCAGUUCGGUCUUGACUCGAGUGGUUCUCUUGCAUGCAAAAACAGGAGGAGUUCCAGAGUCUCUGGAGAUGCAGAAACGUCUGCUGAUGUCGCAGAGAGUCGCGCGAGUCGACCUGCUUCUCCCCACACUGCUGGAGAAAGACUCGCGCCUCAGGUGCGAGCAGAACUCCAGACUUCUUCGUCUGAAGACUCUCUUCCUUCCACGGAUGCUCCGGGACUCUCUCCCGCGUUUUCAUCGCCUUCUCCUGCUUCUUCGGCUUUCCGUCAAUCCUCUUCAUCCUCGUCUUCUUCGCAUGGCUAUUCCUCUUCUUCGGGAUCUUCCUCUUCACCUUUGUCUCGCGUUGCUCCUGUCUGUGCGGUCCCCAGCUGCAAGAAGCUGCGUGCGGUUGAGGCGAAGAGCAGAGAAAGUCUGGCGACGGAGCAGGGGAGAGAAGGAAGAGAAAGGCGUCGACAGGAAACGCAGCUGUGUCGUCCUCUCUGUUCUCUGCAGUCUGGCUUCUCACAUGCAUCAGCAGAAGACGCGCCCGCCCCAGGUUUCGACGAAACGCGAAAACGCAUUUCCCCAAGAGGCGGCAAGUCUGACUCAGAGGAGUUCCCCGGAUCCACUUCACCCAGGUCUCCGCGGUUAACCUUCCCCACUUUCCGCCUGAUUGACAGAAAGCGAGAGCGAGAGGUGCGAAAGAAAACAAGAGAGUCUGGAGAGAGAACAGAGGCUGUAGAGAGAAACGAACUUGUGUCGUCCUGGCCUGGGAGCGAUACGCCCGAGACGGAAGGACUGGAAAGAGUCAAAGAGCAGAACGCGAAAGGGACUAGGCGCCGUUGUGCCUCGCCAUCCCAUGGGGGCGCUGUGGGUUUGUUGCGAGAUUGCUCGGGACCGUCGGAUCGCCGUGAAACGCGCAUUCCCAGGCUUUUUCACAGAGAGUCGAAACAAAGACAAGCGGACACUAUCCCAGAACGCGGCGGUGUGUCUCGAGUGCCUCUGGGCCAUUCCAGCGGGCCGUUGGGGUCCGUAGAGUGUCUCCAGGUGUCCUCGCCGAGCGAGUGCAUGCAUCUGCAUGCAGCGAGCUCGCCAGCAGCGUGUGGGGUCUUCGAGACAUGUGUGAGAGAGGAAAGCGACCGUCUGCGACCCGCCACCGCGCCGAGACGGAAGGCUGCGCCGUCUGCGUCUGGGUCUCGCUUUGGCCACGAGGCGGCGGCACCGUGCAGGGCUGUGGCAGCAGCGCCCGUCGAGGACGAAGCGAGACAGCGGCGCGGAGAGAGACGAGAUGAAGAAGAUUCUUUGUUUCCAGUCUCUGGACGAUGCAAGAGCGAGGAGUCGUAUGGCAGCGGCGAAGAAGAGAAAAUCGAUCCAGAGGCUUGGGGGGGAGACACGGCGUUUUUGCCUUCGAGUGAAGGCGAAGAAGAAAGCAGUGAAGAGCGGCAAUCUCAGGAGAGAGACGAAACGUCCCCGUCUUGUUCUCACCCGGAGCGGCUGCCUCAGGAGAACACACAAAGCCAAAGGUCGCCUCGCAGGGUUCCGCCAUCACGAAUUCCUUCUGUCCCUCGAAACGCGCUUCGGGGGGCGUCUGUUGCCUCGACAGAAUCGCCAGGCUUUCCGGAGAGUCCGCAGCACACUCAGAAUCUGCUUCCCUCGGCUGCUCUUUCUGGACAAACUGCAGGCUCCCAGCCAUGUCUUGCAAGUGCAAGAGAGGCUGACAGGAAGCGCGCAAUAACUCUUCUCUCCACCGUCGGGGAUUUGUCUCCGCUUUCGUCCUGUCGCGCCGCUGCGCCAGAAGAGAAACAAAGUGUAUCCCAGAGUCCGUCUCACCGAACGGCUUCAGAGGCCGACAAGGCACGAGGGAAUUUGCGUAACGGCACGACCCCGCCGAGGAGAAGCGACUGGCCUCAAGAGCGAGAGGCGACGGCGAAUCCUCGUGGAACUCGAAUGCGCCAAGGGAGGCCCACAGCAGAUUUCUCUGUCUCCCAGGAACGAAGUUUGCGAGGAAGGUCCAGAUGCGGUAGGACAGAGGCGACAAUCAACACAGAGCCCUCGCGGACGGAGGCGCGUUUGCGAGAUAGGAGAGAUGGCGGAGUGGCGGAGAAAACGGACAAGGACUCGCAAUUUCCGGGGCCAGGAUUCGAGAGGCCUGAGGGGCAGCAGAGCAAUCGAUCAGAAGGUGUCGGAGAGGGGAAAGUAGGAAAGAUUUCUGCUUUGUGUGGGGCAGACGAGGUGUCUAAAAUGUUGAGCACUUCGACCUCGGGUCCCUGGGAUGUUGUCGGACGCGUUUCGACGAGUCUGUUUGACAGGCGCAAGGCGCCAGAUGUCUGCGAGUCCAAAAUUCCUUCUCCUUCUCUCUUUGUUGCUGCUAUGCAGCAGAAAAGACGAAGGAUCGCUAACUUCCCGGCGGCGCAGUAAGAACAGCUCUGAUCUAGUCGCGGAACGGGUUCUCCUUGGUGGGGUACCCGCCUGGAACACGCAAGACACAACAGCCGUUUCAACCAGAGCUGCGGUAGAGUUUGAAAGUGGUGCGUGGAUUUCCAGGACAGUUUCGGUUGUUUCAGAUGGUUGAACGAUGUGCUCCGGACUUGUGUGUGUUAGUGUUUGGUCGUCUGGCGGAUGUUGGCCCCGUGUCAAAGAUUAUACUCGAGCUACCUGUUUCCUCAUGUCUCAAAGACUUAAAGAGAACCCACGUGGACAGAUGUUACGGUGAAAAGACAGACCAACUAGGCGCCGAAACUCGGAGUCACGUGGUUCGUUACCUCGCGGGGGUUCUUUUGCUGUCUUGCGACAAAUUUUUUUUUCUAGGGGGUUCAAGAAAACUCUCAGCCAGCCGCGUAGAAGCUAAUCUGGAGGCAGUUCGCGGCAGUAGUGGGCUCCAGGUGCUUGGGUAUUCUUCAUCCAGAGACUACACAAAACCUGCGGGUUCCCACCAGCAAGUCGAGAAAAUACAGAAGAGUGGUUAUCAUUGUGAGUACGGGAACCACAGUGCCUAUCCGUCGUACAGAUUUAUUUGA